CCCUUGUCCAUUUCAUAUUUGUAGUUCACUUCCCCCUAUUUAUUACAUGAGCUAGGGUUUAGGGUUUCAUGAGCUAGGGUUUGGAAUCGAAACCCUCGGAUCUCAAUAACGACAACGAUCAGCAGCAGCAAGAAGCGAUCAUCGAUCAUGGAUCUGUCGCAUUCGAGCGGCAGCGAUCGAGGCGGCAACUCCGAAUUCGACUUCAACUCCAGUAAUCUCUCGGGUCGCGUGCUGAGGAUCGAGAUCGUGGAGGGAGCGGCUGAGAGUAAACCCGACGGUGAAGGGUGCAGUAGUAUUGCUGAUCGGGCUCGGCAUCAGAAGAGGAGGAGGGAGGACAUCAAGAAGAAGCAAGACAACAUAGUAAACUGUGACCAGCCUGAUGCUAAUGAUGCUGUAGCAUAUGAAAGCCAUGAUGGGGAAGCUGUUGCAAAGAUUGAAUCUCCAGCAGGUGAUGAGCCUUUACAAAGCGAUUCUUCUUCGGUUAUGGUUUGCUCUCCAUUAAGAGUAAAGCCAAUGUACGUUGGUUCAGCAAUAUUAGCCGCAAAAAGCCCUUUUUUAUAUAAGCUUGUCUCAGAAGGCAUGGGGGAGUCUGACCAACAGCAUGCCACAUUAAGAAUCACUGCUUCAGAGGAAGCUGCUCUCAUGGAACUUUUGAAUUUUAUGAACAGUGGGAACUUGUCAACCACCUCACCUCACCUCUUGCUGGAUGUGCUGACGGCUGCUGACAAGUUUGAGGUUGCAUCUUGUGUGAGACACUGCAGUCAGUUAUUAAGGAGUCUAUCCAUGACUACAGAAUCUGCGCUUCUCUACUUGGAGCUCCCUUCCAGUGUCUCAAUGGCCUCAGCUGUACAGCCAUUGACCAGUGCAGCCAGAGAAUUCCUUGCCAAUAAAUACCGAAACCUAUCUAAGUUCCAAGAGGAAGUAAUGAAUCUCCCCCUUGUUGGCAUCGAAGCAAUUCUCAGCAGCGACAACCUCCAGGUAGCAUCAGAAGAUGCAGUCUACGACUUCGUACUCAAGUGGGCCCGUGCUCAUUACCCGAAGGCAGAGGAGAGAAGAAAAAUCCUCAGGUCCCACCUCGGUCGACUCAUUCGGUUCCAACACAUGACCUGCCGAAAACUAAAGAAAGUCCUGACAUGCACCAACCUAGGCGACAAAAUAUCCUCCAAAGCAGACCUCGCCCUCGAAGCACUAUUCUUCAUAGAAGAAACACCUCAUUGUCUAACCCUAGAAGAGUCAGUAUCUACCCUAACCCUAGAAGACUCAGUAUCUACCCGUAGAUGCACAGAACGAGCCUACAAAUACCGACCAGUAAAAGUCGUAGAAUUCGAGCAGCCUCAUCCUCAGUGCAUCGUGUAUCUCGAUUUAAAGCGAGAAGAGUUUUCGAAUCUUUCCCCCGGAGGCCGAAUUUACUCCCAAGCAUUUCAUUUAGGCGGUCAAGGUUUUUUCCUCUCGGCCCAUUGUAAUUUGGACCAGCAAAGCUCAUUUCAUUGUUUGGGGCUUUUUCUGGGGAUGCAAGAAACGGGUUCGGUGUUAUUCACGGUUGACUAUGAGUUUGCUGCGAGGACUAAACCGGCCGGGGAUUUUGUGAGCAAGUACAAGGGGUGCUAUACUUUUACAGGAGGGAAGGCUGUAGGGUAUAGGAAUUUGUUUGCGAUUCCCUGGACUUCGUUCAUCGCUGAAGAUAGUCCUUACUUCAUCGAUGGCGUUUUGCAUUUGAGAGCUGAGUUGACCCUUAAGCAGCCGCCGCAGCAACAGCAGCGGGUAUAGACGGUCAACUCUUUUGUGACUACACGUGUUUUCGGUGAAGAUGUGCCUUUUCCGUGGGGCUGGUCAGCUCAGCUCCUCAGCUUGUUGUGAAAAUGUAAAAUGUGCCGUGUGUUUUUGUUUUAAGACGAGGUGGAUUAUGGGACGAUAGGGAGGGGAUCCCUCUCCCUAUUAUAGCAAGAUCGAUCUACUGUAUUAUAAGCUUCUAACUUGUCUUUCGAACAUGUGCUACGAUAUUUUACAUGUGCUACAAUAUUUUACUUGUGCUUCUAACUUGC